AUGGAUGAGAACAUCAACAUCUUCCGCAGCUCUGUAAACGAAUUGACCCACACUCCGAGAUCUUCUGCCAAAGCAUUACCUAGGUACCCCGCGAUGGCACCACGACUUCCUACCGGCUCAUCGGACCCCAUUUCCUUUACUUGCACCUGCAGCGCAUCAAAAGAUCCAGAAGGGGGAUACAUCCUUCUAUUCUAUCGCUACUUCGCGGCCUCCCCACCACUCAACCUCAAAGACCAAAGUCCAGCAAAUGUCCCCUCGUCUUUGGCCACAUUCCACACCAAUCUUACCACCAGACUUGAAGUCGGUGGCAAGAUACGUUUAGCAGAGGAGGGUUUCAACAUAACGGUUGGCGGAACGACGGACGCGAUCAGGGAAUACAUGCGGGAAUGUAAGGAGCAUUGGUCAUUCCAAGGGUUGGACUUGGACACUGAACAGAAGCAACACGAUUUCUUCAAGCCCUCGACAGGUGGUUGCGCGUGUGCCUUUGGCGGUGCUCCAGCGAGCGUGCGAGUUGCGGCCGAGAUAACGCCCAUGGGUGUCACAAAUUACAGUCCAAAGAAUUGGGACGAUAUCGAGGUUUUGAGUCCUGCGGACUUCCACGAAAGAUGCUAUACUGAAGAUAUCACUCUACUAGACGUGAGAAAUUAUUAUGAGUCGAGGAUUGGGUAUUUCAUCGAUCCAAAGACAGGGGAUCCAGCUCUACGGCCGCCCAUUAGGAGAUUUUCGCAAUGGCCGCAAUACGUGAGAAAGUACAUGACGAAUAGCGUUGACGAGGACGAGGAAAAGAAGAAACAAACCCAGGGGAAACAGAUUUUGACUUUCUGUACCGGGGGGAUAAGGUGCGAGAAAGGUGCUAGAUACAUGCAAGAGAACAUGGAAAAGCAACCAGGAGCGAGUGUAGCUACCCUUAUGGGAGGAAUUGCCGCCUAUCUCACCUGGAUGGAUGAAGAGAUCAGACAGAAUAGAAAGAGAUCCGAAGACUCAUUGUUCAAGGGGAGAAAUUACGUCUUUGAUGCUCGUGGUUCCACAUCUCUAGAUGGUAUAUCGGAGCCAGUUUCAAAAUGCCAUGGAUGCGGAAAACCCUCAGAUCGUCUUGGCAAGUGCCGAUCAACAGGAUGUCAUUUAGUUCUUGUUGUCUGUUCUGCCUGUGAGCUUUCAUCAGACCCGAGAUGCUGUCAAAGCUGUCUUAAUAUGGAUCUCGGCUGGGGACUGAACAGCAACGCCCCCAAAAAUAUCAAGUCCAGGACUGUUUGUGAAUGCGAGCAGAAAAGAGAAACCGAGCUCUGGGGAGAAGGGUCUAGGAAGCUACCAAAAUCACGAAGAGCCAACAAGGAAAAGAACGCAAGACAAGACAUCAACAUUCAAGUGAAAGUCAUGGAUUGA